AUUUCGCGCGCUUUUUGACUGACGGCCAGCUGGCUUCUACCUCGUCGCGCUUCUUUAGUUAUUAACUAUUAUUUAAUCUUUACUGCCCGCCGACUAAUAUAUUAACUAACCCAAUGGCCGCCGUGCGUCGCUCCACGCGCCUGAGCAGCAUCAGCAAGGCCGCCACCGCAUCGCCCUCGACGCAGACGCAAGUGCACACGCCGCGGCGAUCCGAGGUUUGGCGGAGAAGACAGCCGAAGCAAGUGCUCGCCGACAGCGACGAGGAGGAGGAGGCAGUCAGUGAUCAUCGGCUGAUUGGGUCUGUUUCAGAGAACAACGAGAACCGCAACCUGCUGAACAAGAUGGACAAGGACAGGACAACCAGGCGGAGGACGAACACAGGGAAGGUGCCACCACCAGAGCACCAGCUACCUGCAGAGCAAAAGACGCCACGCAGCACGAAGAAAACUGUAGCGGCGGCUGCAGCUGCGAUAGCGCGUUCCCGGGAAGCCGCCACUAUCUUUGUGGAGAGCAGUAGCGAUGAGGAGCGGGAUGUUGACGUGCUCCAUGUCUCACCGCCCAAGCAGCGCAGGCUACAGCCGCUGCCGCAGCACCUGAUCAGUCCAUCUCGGCUGCUGGACAGGCUCAGCAUAGACGAGCGUCCGGAGGAAGACGAAGAAACCAAGACUGACAAGCCAGAGGGGCAGGAAACACUCCGGCACAAUCAUCAAACGAAUAAGGCGGAAACUUUGCCAGAGGAGUCUGUUUCCAGGCCACAAUCGAAGCCUCCAACUAAGGAACAGGUUAAGCAGAAGCAGCAACCCCAAUCCGAGCCAGAAACAUUGCCCUCUCCGCCCCGCAACAAAUACCAAAAUGCACGACGCGUUCUCAACAGCGCCGAGACUCAAAAUCUUCCAGGACGCGAGGAGCAGCUGCUUGAACUCCGGGAAUUCUUCACUAGCCACUUAGAGAGCCAGACCUCUGGUAGCCUCUAUGUCUCUGGGCAGCCAGGAACAGGCAAGACUGCCUGCCUAUCACUGCUACUCCGCGACCCCGCCUUCUCCAAGCGCCUGCAACGCGUCUACAUCAACUGCACCAGCAUUGCCAGCGUGGGAGCCGUGUACAAGAAGCUCUGCGCCGAGCUACAACUGAAACCGAACGGGCGCACCGAACGCGAUCACUUGGAGGCUAUCCAGCGGCAUCUGCGCUGUGCCAAGCGCAUGCUCCUGCUGGUCCUGGACGAGAUCGAUCAGCUAAGUACGAGCCGGCAGGCUGUGCUUUACACGAUCUUCGAGUGGCCCGCCUUGCCGGGCGCCAGGAUACUUCUCGUUGGCAUUGCCAACAGCUUGGAUCUCACGGAUCGGGCGCUGAUGCGCCUGAACGCCAGGUGCGAACUAAAACCGAGGCUUAUGCACUUUCCGCCCUACUCGAAACAGCAGAUCGUGGAGAUUUUCAAGUCGCGCCUGGCCGAAGCCGAGGUGCUGGAUGUCUUUCCCCUCACCCUGCAGCUACUGGCCGCCAAGGUGAGUGCAAUCAGCGGGGAUGUGCGACGAGCUCUGGAUAUCGGCAGGCGAGUGGUGGAGAUUGCAGAGCAGCAGAAGCGCGAUGGCGAAAAGGAGUUCAACAUGAAGGCCCUGGAACUGGAGGGCAAGGACGCCGCAGAGGCCAGAGAACAGAAGGAUACCCUGAAGCCCGUUCAGGUCACUCAAGUAGCAGCGGUGCUAAAUAAGGUCUAUGGAGCCUCGCAAAACCUAGAGGAGGACAUCGAGGCCGCCUUUCCACUGCAGCAGAAACUGAUGCUCUGCAGCCUGGUGCUGAUGCUGCGUAACGAGCGUAACAAGGACAUUAGCAUGGGACGACUGCACGAAGUGUAUCGCCGGGUGUGCUCCAAGCGUAAUAUUCUAGCCCUGGAUCAGGCAGAAUUCGCUGGCACCGUGGACCUAGUGGAGACCAGGGGCAUACUGCGCAUCAUUCGCAAGAAGGAGCCCCGCCUGCACAAGGUGCUGUUGCAAUGGGACGAGGAGGAAGUGCACGCGGCUCUCAGCGACAAGCAGCUGAUCGCCUCGAUCCUCAGCGACACCGCCUGCCUAAGCAAGUGAUGAUGGGUGCUCGGUAUGAUGAUUACCUUUACUAAAUUAGUUUACCAAACAAUUCGCGCUGGUUAAUUGCGCAUUUCUCUCAUUUUCAUUCACCUUGGGGACGCGCAUAUAGGAAUAUAUAUAAGAAUACUUUUUGACGCUAAAUUUAACAUUCGCGGCUGUUGCGCCAGCACUGAAAUAUUUUGAAAUAUCAUUUGAGGGUCACUUUCGACAUUUUGCUCUGACUUUAAUUGAAUCGAAUCUUUAGUUUUUCGUUUUUAUGUGUGUCAUAAAUUAAGUAAAUGUUGCGGCGACCAUAUAAUCUAUUUCUGAUCCGAUCCCUUGACCAACAAUCUAGACAAUUCACUUCCUGUUAGCCCUAAGCAAUUAAAGAAUAAACUAUAUACAAAAUCGCAAAAGUGAAA